AUGCCCUCGAAACUCAGGAAUAUUGGUUCCAGCUUACUCAAAGUGGUCCAUCUUGGAACUAGAAAUCUGUCGACAAAACAAUCCCCUCAUUUAAAUGAGUCGACGACCACAAUCCAACCUGGUUCACCUUACGCUGAGGCUGUCCUAUCUAUACCUUCCACACAAGAAAAUGAUCAGCGUCUAGCCUCGGCAGUCAUUCUACCCGGGCACAAGAAAGCUAGGGCCGCUUCGAAGAAACACACACUAGGCCUGACUCCGUAUUUUCAUAUGGACACUGGACCCGACGACGUACUGGAUGCACGGGCUGUUCUCUCACAUUGGUCCAUGACUCAGAAUUUGCAGCCAUACUUAAGUAUAUAUAUUCAUUGA